AAUCUCCUCCCGUUCCUCUCACCCCUCCCGCCACAGAAAAUUGGACAUCUGGCUGUCUUUGGGGGGCUUCCACGAACGAGGACGUGACUGGGAGUCCGAGCAGCGGAUUUACAACACCCACAUCGUCAUUGACAAUCAAGCCACUUCCCCCAGUUCUUCCGGAGGGAUCCCGAGGCGUUCCCAAGCCAGCCGAGAGACGUAGUCUCUCCGGCGUGUCCUGGGUCGUCCUCGGGGACUCUUUCCGGCGGGACGUGCCCGGAACACCUCACCAGGUAGGCGUCCGGGAGGCAUCCGGAUCAGACGCCCCAGCCACCUCAUCCGGCUCCUCUCAAUGCGGAGGAGUUGCGGCUCGACAUUGACCCCCUCCCGGAUCACCGAGCUUCUCACCCUAAGAGACUUUCCAGACUUCCUUUUCCCCAGCCACUUCCUCAAGUUCUUCCGGAGGGAUCCCGAGGCGUUCCCAAGCCAGCCGAGAGACGUAGUCUCUCCGGCGUGUCCUGGGUCGUCCUCGGGGUCCCUUUCCGGCGGGACGUGCCCGGAACACCUCACCAGGGAGGCGUCCGGGAGGCAUCCGGAUCAGAUGCCCCAGCCGCCUCACCCGGCUCCUCUCAAUGCGGAGGAGUUGCGGCUCAACACUGAGCCCCUCCCGGAUGACCGAGCUUCUCGCCCGACCUCCGGACACCCUGCGUCGGCGCUUCCUGAGCUCUCGCUGCCACGUUUUCACGCCCACGCAGGUGAGAUCGUCUCCACCUACAGGAAGUGCCACCUGUUUGACGUGGAGCUUCCGGAAAAGGGCGUCUCGCUCAACGAAAGUGCCUUCACCAUCCCGGGAGACUCGCUGGCGGCACCAGUCCAAACCCCCGUGGGCCAGCUCGGAUUGGGAGUCUGCUACGACUUGAGGUUCCCGGAGUUUUCGCUGGCGCUGCGGAAAAGCGGCGCCGACAUCCUGACCUUCCCUUCGGCCUUCACGGAGGCCACGGGGGCUGCUCACUGGGAGGUGUUGCUCCGGGCGCGGGCCAUCGAGAACCAGUGCUACGUCUUGGCGGCGGCGCAGGUCGGCCGGCACCACGCCAAGCGCUCCUCGUACGGCCACGCCCUGGCCGUGGACCCCUGGGGGGCGGUCAUCGCCGACUGCGGGGGAGAGCGAGCGGGCGUGGCGCUGGUGGAGGUCGACUUGGAGAAAAUCCGCACGGUCCGCGGGAACAUGCCGCUCCAAAAGCAUCGCAGGGAGGCCGGCUUUUACGCCAGCCCGGAGAGUCCAACAUGAGGAAACCUGCUGGAUUUGUUGAUUUUCUCAAUUAAUAUUCAAUAAAAUUCUGGAAAUAUUCUGGUUCCAGGAUUGCUGGA